GUGACUAUAGCCGGGUACACGCCGCAGCUUUGUUCAGUCUCCAUCUUGUCUCGGCAAGUUGCAGUCCGCCCUUCACUCUCCUCCUCGCGUGUGUAACCGGCCUUCCAGCCCUUUAGACGAUUCCCCGCCAUGGCCGCCGUAACCCAAGCGGAGAGCGAGAAGCCGGAGGUGAAGGAGGGAGCGGAGGAGAUGGAGAGCAACCCGGAGGAGGAAGAAGAGGAGAACAUGGAGGACGGAGAGGAGGGGGGAGGGGAAGACGAGGAGGAAGAGGACUUCACCGUCCUUGUCGGGUCCACCUACUCCUGUAAGAGGCAGGACGGCACCUACCAUGACGCAGAGAUUGUGAAGACCCGGAUGAAUAAACAGGCCGGCAGGGAGGAGUUCUACGUCCAUUACGUUGGUUUGGCUCGCCGUCAAAACGAGUGGGUGGACAAAACCCGAUUGGUGCUGAAACCAGCGAAAGAGGAGGAAGUGCCCAAUGGAGACGCCGCCGAGGACGAAAAAACGGAGGAGAAAAACCCAGACGAACCUGAAGCGAAGAAAGCCAAGGUGGAGGUCCAUGAAGCCCCUCCCGUGUCCUCUGGAGAUUUCUCUGAGGAGUUGACCUGUCUGCUGUGCAAUGAGCUAUUCAAGGAUCCCGUCAUGGUGGAAUGUGGCCACAACUUUUGCCGCAACUGCAUGGACAAGAGCUGGGAGGGUCGGGACUCCUUCACCUGCCCCGACUGUAAGGAAGAAAUUACAGAGAAGCGAUACACUACCAACCGAGCCCUGGCCAACCUGGUGAAGAAGACUGCCGGUUCCUCUGCCACCGUGACUCCUUCCAAACCUGUGGGAAAGGAAAAGUCCCGUUCCAUGGAGAACUGCCCUGAGCAUGACGAGAGGCUGAAGCUGUAUUGUAAGGAUGAUGGAACCCUGAGCUGUGUCAUCUGCCGUGACUCCCUGAAACAUGCAAGUCAUAACUUCCUUCCCAUCCUGGACGCGGUGGGCGUGUACAGAUCUGAGCUGUCCUCCAUAGUGUCUCCCCUAGAAGAAGCUUUGAAGGUGACAGAACAGCUGACCAACCAGCAGAAUGAGAAGAUUGAACAGCAUAAAACCAACCUGAAUGGAUUCCAGGACCACAUUGUGUCUGAGUUUGAGAAGCUGCACACGUUCCUGAAGGAGCGACAGGAGAAACUGCUGGAGCAGCUCCAGGAACAAGGCGAGAGUCUCAAGAAAGAUAUGGAGAGCAACCUGGUGAAGAUGCAGGAGAAUAGAGACAACAUCCAGCAAACCAUCGGUGUGGCCAAGGAGAGAAUGGACGACACAGACUCCAUUUCUUUCCUGACUGACAUCAAGUCAUUCAUUGAGAAAUGCCAGGAGCAGCAGAAGGAAGUUACAUCUGGUGGCAAUACCCUUCUUUCAAAGGACCUUUGCCAGGGCACCUUCAAGGGACCUAUUCAGUACGCAAUGUGGAAGCUGAUGAAAUCCUUCAUUUCUCCAUAUCUGACUCCGAUGCUGUUGGAUCCCGGCACGGCUCACCCCAAUCUGAUCCUAGCUGACGGGCUAACCAGUGUUAAAUAUGGUGACACCAAGCUCCCCCUUCCUGACAAUCCUAAGCGUUUCAGCCAGUGUAUUCUUGUGCUCGGGUCUUCAGGCUUUGAUUCAGGCCGCCAUUACUGGGAGGUGGAUGUGGCAGACAAGACCGCUUGGGAUGUCGGUAUGGCCAGUGAAUCCAGCAACCGCAAGGGUAAGAUCAAGCUGAACCCCAAGAACGGCUACUGGGCAAUCUGGCUGAGAAACGGCAACUCUUACAAGGCUCUAGAGUCCCCAUCCAAGAAUCUGCUUCUUAAUGUCAAACCCAAGAGAAUCGGAGUGUAUGUGGAUUAUGAAGGAGGCCAGAUAUCUUUCUACAAUGCCGACGACAUGACUGCCAUCUACACCUUCAAUGCCACCUUCACGGAGAAGCUGUACCCGUAUCUGUCUCCAUUCCUGCACGAAUCCGGGCGCAAUGCUGAAUCCUUGCGUAUCGUUCAUGAAUAAUGUUAUGAGUUGGAACACUCUGCAGCUGUUCUGUAAUUUUCAGCUUUUUUUGUUUUAAUAAAACUUGCCAGUGGUUAUGUUUAGACAGUUAAUUUUGCUGUUCAUGUUCUUGUGCAUCUUUUUUUUAAUUUUAGUUUCUUAAAUAAAUUGUUUAAAUCAAA